GUCCCGCCCUCCUCCUUCCUUCUUCUUCGGUGCUCCUCCGCCGGCUCCUUCGUCCUCCUCCAGGUUCUUCUUCACCAUGGGCUUCGGUGACCUGAAAUCCUCCUCCGGACUCAAAGUCCUCAAUGACUUCCUGUCGGACCGCAGCUACAUAGAAGGGUUCGUCCCCUCUCAGGCUGACGUGGUGGUCUUUGACGCUGUGACGACCCCGCCCCCCGCUGACCUGUGCCACGCCCUCCGCUGGUUCAGACACAUCCAGUCCUAUCAGAACCAGAAGAACAGUCUUCCAGGUGUGCAGAAGCCUCUGGGUCAGUACGGUCCUGCAGGUGUGGCCGACACCACCUCAAGCUCCGCCCCCGCCGCCGCAGAGGACGAUGACGACUUCGACCUGUUUGGCUCUGACGAGGAGGAGGAUGCGGAGGCGGCCCGUCUGAAGGAGGAGCGUCUUGCAGCGUACGCCGCUAAAAAGGCCAAGAAGCCCGCCGUCAUCGCUAAGUCGUCCAUCCUGUUGGAUGUGAAGCCGUGGGACGAUGAGACGGACAUGGUCAAACUGGAGGAGUGUGUGCGGAGCAUCCAGAUGGACGGGCUGGUGUGGGGACAGUCCAAACUGGUCCCAGUGGGUUAUGGCAUUAAGAAGCUGCAGAUCGGCUGUGUUGUGGAAGACGACAAGGUGGGCACAGACGUCCUGGAGGAGCAGAUCACAGCCUUCGAGGACUACGUCCAGUCCAUGGACGUGGCCGCCUUCAAUAAAAUCUGAAACUCCUCAAACUAAUAAAAGAGCACUUGAGUUA